GUUCCAUUAUUGUGCGUCCUAACUACACAAAGGUGUGAAGUCAAGGAAAGGAAACAAAACUCGGUUUAUUUUUCCCAAGUUGUGCAUCACUGCUCCAUCCACCCCCAUCAAGGCGUUGAGCAAAGUAGGGGAGGGGUAUCUAUAAUAGAGACAAAGGGACCUGUGCUGCAGUGCUGAGGUUGAGUCAGACUGGAGAAGACAUGAAGGCGAGAGGAGCUCUGAUUGCUGCCCUCCUGCUGCUGAGCUGCCAUAUAGGUCAUACCCUUGACUGCUAUCAAUGUGACUAUGGGACCUGCUUAUUUCCCUCAAAGACAUCAUGUGGUCUUCUACAGGUGUGUGGGACGGAAACCGCAAAUUCAGGCUACCUUAACUUGAAGCAGAAAGGAUGUCUGAGCCCUACGGACUGCCUGAGUGAUUCGUCUGUCACCUACCUGGGUGUGACCGUGGCUACCACACGUUCCUGUUGUCUCACCUCCCUAUGUAAUUCAGCAGCUGCUCCUAAAGUCUCUGUCCUCACCGGAAUCGCCACCAUGUUGGCUCUUGCUGUAGCCAAAAUUUUCUAGGCCUGUAUCUAUUACAGCUGUGUUGUUUUUUUCCUUCGAUUUUGCACUGAGCCAUUGUUAUGUAUACUUGUAUUCGUACUAACCAUAUGUAUACAUCUAUUCGUAUGCAAUUCCUGUGCUUCUAACAAAAAUUGUACUUAUCCCCCAAAAAAUGGCUUGAAUGUCUUCCAAUUUUUAAUAAAUUUUGUUUAUAUUUAA